UUUCGUUUAUAUAUUUGACCGAAAGAGAACAUGGUUUCAAUAAUUGUUUAGUUAAAACGGCGGAACGUUGACAGUGUGUAUCAUGAAAAAUUUUAUUUCGUUUACUUUGUGCUGUAUCCUUUUAUUCUUUCUCCGUGAGGGAGUAUCUUUAAGAUGUCGUUCCGGAAAUCAACAAAUAGACGUACAUUUUCAAAAAGUGCUGAAAACUUGUAGGAACCGUUAUACCGGUUCGAAUACAGGUAAUGAGGAAGAUUCUACAUCCACGGAAGACAAAAGUUCAGGAAGUGAUUCUCGUUCCGAGGAAGAGGUAUAUGAUAACAACUUCUUUGACAAAAAUGACAGUGGACCUUCAUAUAAUCAAUCCACGAACAAUCAGAGAUAUAGAAAUUCUGACAGAAAUAGUAAUACGAAUACUUACUCCUCCGACCGCUCGAUUAAGGGAAAUGUUAAAGAUUUCCAAAAUAUAAAACAUAUUCGUAAAACCAACGGUCGAGAUUCAUGGAAUUCUAGAGAUUCGCGCAAUAGGAAAAGUGAUUUUAAUAAUGGAGAGAUGAAUGACGAGGACACACGUUUUAAUAAUAAUACUGACCGGCAACAAGAUUGUAUAGUACAAUGUUUUUUCAAUGAAUUAAAUGCUGUAGAUCAAAAAGGAUUUCCAGAAAAAGAUUUAGUAAUUCCAUUGAUGAUUCAAAGUAUUCAAGAUCCAGAAUUGAAAGACUUCGUUGAAGAAUCAAUUAUCGAAUGUUUUCGUUACCUUGAAGCGAAUAAACGAGAAAAAUGUGAAUACUCACAAAAUUUAUUGACGUGUUUGGCUGAAAAAGGACAGCAGGUAAGUUUUAACUUUUUUUUGUACUUUGUAUUAAAUACUACGCCAGUUUCGUAAAAAAUAAUUUUUUAAAAUAAAUACGUUAAUUCUGUUUCAGAAAUGUGAGGAUUGGGAAAAUUAAAAAAUGUAAUGUCAUUGUAGUUACUUAAAGAAAACGAUACCGUAUGUGGCAAUAAUAUUGUAUUUGUGUGUAUCUAUUUGCAUAUAAAACAGCAGGAGUAUCAAGAAAAAAUUUCUAAAUAUUUUACCACAAUAUCUAUAAAUACUAAUUUUUUUGAAUUAUUA